AUGCGGACGAGGCGGUUGUGGGACGGUCAUGAAUAUAAUGUCGUUGAUAUAGAUCCGUACGGUUGUACCCGCGAGGCGGUGCCUUCUGAGCGGCAGAAGCGGGUGCUCCGCAGAGGAAAGAGAGUGUCAGGGUCGGGUGAAGGAGACAGUGCCUUGGCGUCGUUGGCUCCCGCGACUCCCGCCCAAGCUGUUGUCAUGUGGUGCAUCCUCCUUGGCUGCCCGACAGCCUUCGGCGGCCCCAAGGUUGUAAUGCUUCAGCCUCUCAAGGUCCCCUUCUCGGAGAUGUUUCUACAAAGGGCUUGGAAUAGGAUUAAGGACCCGAGAAAAGUUAGGAUAUGGCUCGGUGAUGUCAAACCUUAA